AUGCAGUAAUCUUUGAGAGAUUUUAAAUCUAGGAAUAUAGAAUUUCGAUUAUCAAUAACAAGUUUUGCUUUAAUUAAGACUUUAUUAUUUAAAUUAAUUGUCAAAAAUCAAGAAGGAUUAAUUGAUCGUAAUUUAGAUUGCUAUUGAUGAUUCGAAGUUCAAUCUAUAAAUGCUUUUAAUAUUGAUAAGACAACUAUGACAAAGACUUAUCAACACUUAAAUGAAAAUGCAGAAAAUGGAGUAAUAUUUCUUACAAGUAUAUCAUUUUUUAACCUCAUUCAUUUUGUCAUUUCAGUAUUAUUUUUAAUAUAUUUAGUCAUCUAGUUUGACAAACAUUGGUGAAAUAGUAGAUAUAUCCAAUCCCUCAGGAAAAUUUGUAAAUUGGAUAGUAAAUAGUAUUAAUAUAUUAGAUUCUCAAACAGUAACCAUCACAUUAUACACUAGCUAAAAUUUGAAUUUAUAAACAAAUAAAUAGAUUCUGAUAACCUAUUGUUGGAUUUAUAUUUGAUAAUGAUUAUUAUUUCCAAUUUAGAUGGACCUAGACUUAUACUGUCUCAACAGUGUCUUAUAUAGUAGAUUCUUGUAAAAUUAAUAUUAAAUAUAGUGGACAAACUUGUAAAGCAUACACAUUUAACAGCUUGAAUGUCUUAUGUAAUAAAUAUACUCUAUCAAACAGUUCAAUCCUAGAAGAUAAGAAUUUCAUAAAAAAUUGAUUUAGAAGCUCUAAAUAGACCUACAGUUUAUGUAGAAUUACCAUAAACAAUUGAAAUUCUUAAUUAAAUUGGUACUUUUACUUCUAUUAUUGACAAAUUCAUUUCUCUAAUACUUAUAAAUGUAAUAAUUAAAUGCUCAUCAGGUAAGAAAAUAAAAAGGUAAUUUAAUAAAUGCAAUAAUUGCUCUUCUUAGAAAUUUUAUAUAUAAGGUCAUAAUUGUAAUAAUUAAAUAUCUUAUUUUCUAAGAUAUUAACUAAUAAGGGAAUUUACAAUAAUAAUUAGUGAUAUGUUUAUUCAAUAACCUAUAAUUAGGUUGCAGCAGUUAACAAUAUUUUGGAUAUUGA